UCCUAACUCUGGACGUCUUAUCCAUGUGCGCGGGCGGCGUCUUCUGCUUGAUUGCUAUAUACUAUACUUAUGUGGAAAUUACCGAAAUUAUUUGGAUUGGUCCGAAGGCCUAUGCCGGAAAUGUAUAUAACUAUAUUGACUUCUUUUUCCUGACUUCAGCAUACGCCGUGUUUGCCUACAACGUUUGGCACAUCUUUCAGAUUAGAAGCAUCCAAAAGGCAUUCCUGGCAAAUCGCUUUAGAUAUAUCAAUAUGGAUGAUUUGCUUCUGGGCUGGAAAACAUAUAUACAAGUGCUGGGAGUCAUGAACUUUAUGGCCUGGCUAAAGCCCAUGCGGUUCGUCUCCUUCCACAGGUCAAUUCAACAGGUGUUGUCUGCUGUGCGCGUGUCCUUUAAGAGUAUAGUCAGCCUAUGUUUGCUCUGCUUGAUCAUAACGGGUGCAUUUGCCCAAUUGGGCUGCAUUGCAUUUAGCCAGGUGCAUCAGGAAUAUACCACGGAGUUCGCCUCGAUCAUUGCCCAAAUCCGCUUUCUCAUGACCGACAUAUCCUAUACAUCUCUGGAGGACGCCCAUCCGGAUCUGGCGCCAUUCUUCUUUGUCGUCCUUGUCGUGGCCACCUAUUGCAUAAUACUGAAUUUGUUCAAAGCCAUUUACCUGAGCGCCGAAGAAGAUGUCAAAAGGCAGCUGAUCGUGAACGAUUAUAAAGUGAUUCGCAUGCUACUGCAGGGCUUCAAGUAUUACCUCUGCUUCUGGCGCAAGCUCAGCUCCGAGGAGAUACACACAGUUGAGAUGCGACAAGAACAGGACAAUUUGCCUGACAAAGACGUGAAUGGGAAGCCAAAGUACAUUUAUCAGGUGGAGCCACUUAUUAAACUGCGCGAGCAACUGGCACUGGAGUCCGAACGUUGCACGCGUCUUGAGGAAAUACUUGAGGUAUUUGUGGACACAAUCGAGAAUAUUGAACAGCUGCAAAAGCCCAAGAAAGUUAAGAAGAAGCACAAUUAA